AUGGGAAGCAGAAUAACCUCCAUUUCUCGAUCUAGUCGUCCUUAUUCGGUUCGUUAUAACCCCCAGCUCGGCCCACCCUCGAGUCAUCGAGUCAGCUUUUUUAAUGCUUUUCAACAGGCAAUCGACAUCUCUACAAAUCUUCACAACAAGGUUACGAAAGUUUGGUACUCAGGCAAACAACUUGUCUACCAUGCUCUUCAGGAUCUCUCCGAGGUUGACACACCAGAGACCAUCGCCGCCAUCGACGAGGAGAUCCAACAGGUGCAAAAUGGCCUUUCAACCUUGAAAAUCCGUGAAAAAGAGCUUCGAGAAAAAUUGGCUGCUGUCUGUGCAAUAGUCCCCAUGCCUGAGCUUCGUGAUAGUGUUUCGAAACUCGAGGAAGAAAAGGCUUCUGCUCUCAACCGGCUGUUGAAGCUCCAAGGAGAGGAGACAGUGUGCAUUAGCGCAGAAGAGAUGACUCGAGUGGAGAAGGAGUGGAAGACAUGGCAGGGUCACGUUCAGACCCGCCGACGGAUCUUCUCUGAGCUGUGGGCGAAGUGCACAGAAGUCCUGCCGGAGGACACCACGGAAGAAGACCUAAAGCUAAGCCUUAGGAGCCUGUCAGUUGCAGGUGACGCGGGUUGCUGUGAUAACAAUCUCAGUAGCUUACCUUUACCGCUUUUGCACGACUCGGAGCCCCCGCCCUCUUGCAAUACCCCUCCAAUUCCUGUCGUCGCAGCACGCCCAUCUCCGGCGAUGCAGCACGCGCAUCAGCACCAACCUCAACUCCCAGCCCAGCAGCGGAACCCGCCCGUGCCUCUCGCAAAUGGUCUUCGCUCCCAUCCGAACCGUCUGUCCAGCGAGAUGAGAACCCGUGGUCCUGUGCCCGGCCAUCCUCCGAACGGCCAUGCCCGCAACAUAUCAGGGGCGGCACCGUUCGAAAUGGUUGCCCGCAGCCCUCCGAAUCCCAGCCCCAAAAAUACCAAGCAUGUGCCCUGCAAAUUCUUCCGACAAGGAGCCUGCCAGGCCGGCCCCGCCUGUCCGUUCCUUCACUCUACCGACGCUUCAGUGGACAAUGCUCCGUGUAAAUAUUUCACAAAGGGAAACUGCAAAUUUGGGGCCAAAUGUGCAUUGGCGCAUAUCCUGCCGGAUGGCCGGCGCGUGAACAGGCCCAAUUUCGGUCUGGGAAUGGGAGGAGGAAGCGGUGGACACCUCAACCUGGGUGGCCGAGUGAACCCGCAGGCAUACCACAAUCAAGACUCUGCUCUGACGAAUUCGGUGUUAUCCCAGCAGCGAAUGAAUGGACAUGAUGUGCGACAUACAUAUCCUUUUCCCGGUCAGGACGAUUUCGCCGCAUUGCAAGCUCAGCAGCAGCAACAACAGCAGCAGCAGCAGCAGCAACCACCUCCGCCAGAGGGCAUACCAAUGAUUGAUACUGGUUUUGUAUCGGACGCAGGAUCAAAGUACGGGUCACCUGUGGACGACGUUCGGCAACCAACAUCUCCCAAACGCCACUUGACCGCUCUUGAUGCUCCACUCCCAGCGUCCUUUGAUAGUCAGGGUAUCUCGCAUGCGGCACGGUAUGGGCCGGUGGCAGCUUCGAUGCCGUCAAAGUUUGGUCUAGAGCUUUCGUCACUCUCGUCACCACCAUCUCAGAGAACUCCUUCCGAUACCCUGAAGAGCCUUCGUGAUGCUGCCUUCGGAUCUGAUCUACGAAAGCCAUCGUCGAAUUUCGGCUCCUCUCCCGCUGCGGAGGAUUCAUUGGGUCCACGGUUUUUGCAUUCUCAGCGAAUGGCCUCGCGGUCUAAAUUCCUGUCUGCCAGUGUACCCCGCCCAACAGUGUUGGAUGAUUGGGACGACGGCAACUUCCCCAUGGAGGAAGACUUCCUUCCGGUCAACCUGCAUGAUGACGUACUCACCCCGCAAGAAAAGAUGAGGAGACUCUCUCGCACAGAACAGGAAUUGAGCUCCAGCAACAGAGAAUUUGGCAGCCUGGGUAUAGGAACGGGUUCGCUGAAAGUGGGGUCACCAUUGGCUUCAAGUCCCUCACGAUUUGGUGCGUUGUUCGCCAAGCAGCGGCAGAAGAAGGAGGAGGAAGCCCACGGAGCAUCGUCGUCGUCCUUCAAUCACAUUGGAUCACCGCUCCGCGAGUCGUCCUUACAACUUUCCUCGAGCCCUAACCCUCGUCCUAUUGGCAGCCGCCCGGUCUCUGGUGAUGUCUCCCCAUUUGUUUCGAGCCCUGCCCGUCAAUCAUCCAUGUCGAUGAUAUCGCAGCAGCUCAGCAGCUUGUCUCUCCACCCGAAUUCUGCGCGGCAGUCAUCGACGUCUGCGGCCCCAACAAGCAGCAGCCGUCUUGAUCGCACUGUCUCGUCUCCUGUGACCACGAGCAAGAUCGAUGAAGAACAGGGUGACCUGGUCUUUUCCAUGGAGGAAGAGGAGAGCAACAAGCGGUCGAGUGUCGGCUGGAACUCCUCGGACAAAUCUUCAACAUCUAACAACAAGGAAGAGCCAUCGUCGUCAUCGCAAGACUUGGAGUUUCAAUCAUGA